AUUCCAGCGAGAGGUAGAGGGAGCGAGCGGGCGGGCGGGCCGCCGGGGUGCGAGAGCCGAGGGAGCCAAGCCGCGCUCCGAGCGUCCCGGGAAGGAGACCCGGAGCCACAGGGGCCUCGCCUCGGGCCGCGCCGACCCCGCCAGGGCCCGCGGCCCGCGCCUCGUCCGAGGAACUUUGCGCGCGCGGCAGCGGACCCUCUGCCCCCGGACCACAAGCACCAGCGGGGACGCUUUAGCCGCCGGGGCCGGGGCCGCACCGCCGGAAGGCUGGAUUUUCUUCGGGUCCCGGAAAACCCGGCUGCCGCCACCAUGCCCCUCAGCGUCAGCUUUGCCAGCAGGAACUACGACCUGGACUACGACUCGGUCCAGCCCUACUUCUACUGCGACGAGGAGGAGAACUUCUACCAGCAGCAGCAGCAGAGCGAGCUGCAGCCACCGGCGCCCAGCGAGGACAUCUGGAAGAAAUUCGAGCUGCUGCCCACCCCGCCCCUGUCCCCGAGCCGCCGCUCCGGGCUCUGCUCGCCCUCCUACGUCGCCGUGGCGUCCUUCUCCCCGGGCGGGGACGACGGCGGUGGUGGCGGCGGCGGCAGCUUCUCCACGGCCGACCAGCUGGAGAUGGUGACCGAGCUUCUGGGCGGCGACAUGGUGAACCAGAGCUUCAUCUGCGACCCGGACGACGAGACCUUCAUCAAGAACAUCAUCAUCCAAGACUGCAUGUGGAGCGGCUUCUCGGCCGCCGCCAAGCUGGUCUCCGAGAAGCUGGCCUCCUACCAGGCUGCGCGCAGGGACAGCGCCAGCCCGAGCCCCGCCCGCGGGCCCGGCUGCUCCACCUCCAGCCUGUACCUGCAGGACCUGAGUGCCGCUGCGUCCCAGUGCAUCGACCCCUCGGUGGUCUUCCCCUACCCGCUCAGCGAGAGCGGCUCGCCCAAGCCCUGCGCCUCGCCCGACUCCUCCACCUUCUCCCCGUCCUCGGACUCUCUGCUGUCCUCCACCGAGUCCUCCCCGCGGGCCAGCCCGGAGACCCCGCCCACUACCAGCAGCGACUCUGAAGGAGAGCAAGAGGAUGAGGAAGAGAUCGAUGUGGUGUCGGUGGAGAAGAGGCAGCUCCCUGCCAAGAGGUCGGAACCCGGGUCGCCCCCUGCGGGCCACAGCAGGCCCCCCCACAGCCCUCUAGUCCUCAAGCGGUGCCACGUGUCCACCCAUCAGCACAACUACGCUGCGCCCCCGUCCACGAGGAAGGACUGCCCCGCUGCCAAGAGGGCCAAGCUGGACAGUGGCAGGGUCCUGAAACAGAUCAGCAACAACCGCAAGUGUGCCAGCCCCAGGUCCUCAGACACGGAGGAGAACGACAAGAGGCGGACACACAACGUGCUGGAGCGCCAGAGGAGAAAUGAGCUGAAACGGAGCUUUUUUGCGCUGCGUGACCAGAUCCCGGAGUUGGAAAACAAUGAGAAGGCCCCCAAGGUGGUUAUCCUUAAAAAAGCCACAGCGUACAUCCUGUCUCUCCAAGCCGAGGAGCAGAGCCUCCUUUCCCAAAAGGACUUGUUGCGGAAGCGGCGAGAACAGUUGAAACACAGAGUUGAGCAGCUUCGGAACUCUAGUGCUUGUGUGUAAGGUGACGCCCCUCAUGCAGGGCGGGGCAGGCGGGGAACAAGCUGCAGCUACGUGGACUCCUAUCCAAUGCAUGGUCGGUCACAACCUCACAACCUGGCUGAGUCUUGGGACUGUAAGGUUUAGCCAGAAACUGCCUCAAAUAGAACUGUAGGCAUAAAAGAGUUUUUAUGCUUGACAUUUUUGUUUUCCUUUAACAGAUUUGUAUUUAAGAAUUGUUUUUUAAAAUCUUAAUGUUGACCAACUUUUCCCUGUGUAAAUAUGGAUAUUAAAUGUAAAUAACUUUAAUAAAACGUUUAUAACAAUUAUACAAGAUUUCAAACAUGUAUUAUAAACCAUAAUUUUUUUUAUUUAAGUACAUUUCCUUUUUAAAGUUGAUUUUUUUCUA